AUGAACGUCCCUGUGGUGUAUGACCCCAAGUCCAAGACCUUGAGCAUGCCAGACCAGGCAGCCGCAGUGCUCCCAGACCUAAAGCUAGACUUGGAUCAACUCAACACCUUGACUGCGGAAGUUAUAGGAUGUGGAGCCGACGUACCACCUCAACCGACUCAAGAAAACUUCAACAAAGAUAUGAGCAAAAUGAUCCGCAAAUUGUACGAGGGAGGUGUCCAGGCGUUCAAGCAGGGAAAAUUCCAAGAAUCGGUCCGCCAGUUUGAUAUUGGCAUUGGCAUGAUAUGUAAAAGACAAAAGUUCGAGUCGUUCCAAGGCACGCUUCAGGAACUCAGUUUGUUUCUUAUGAGCCGUGCCGAUGCCCAACUCAAAACCAAGCAAUAUUUACAGGCGUUCAACGACGCAGACAUGCUCUUGGGCAUCCAAAUGAACACCCCAGAUAACUUUUUGAGAAGAGGAGUUGCCAACUUUUUCUUGGGAAACUACGAGGCUGCUCGUGCUGAUUACCAGCGAGGGUUGGCUUUUGAUGAGAAUAACCCCCGGUUGAUCACCGAAUUGGAGAUCUGUCUCGACAAGAUCUUGGAGGAAAAUGGCGACUACUUGGAAGACGAGGAGUGA